UCCGAUAAGAUAAUUAUUUUUUAUAUUUACAUUUAGUUUAAAGAAAUUUAGGUUUUAGAGGCAGAUUUAUACCGAUUGCCUUGUAAAGUUUUUGUGGGACUUCUAGAGGAAAAUCAUAUUUAUUCUUCUUCCUUAUCAUCACGCAGACCCAAAUAAUUAUUUGGUAAAUCCAAAGUUUUGGAGGCAAAAUUAAAAGCCUCUAUUAUCUUAAUUAAUUAAUUAAUUCUAGACUAAUAGAAUUGGAUUUAUGCAAUAUUUUCCUAUUAAUAUUUGAUGAAAAUAAAUUUAUCAUUUUCCACAAAUCCUAUAAUUGGCACCGCUAACGCUUUUUAGUUUUUACACAACUCCUUUGAAGGAUCGAGAGGUAGCACGCAUCUAGGGUUUCCAUCCUUCUUCAAUCUAGAAUCUCCCUUGUCAUGGAGUCGUCUGCUGAAUCUUGCUCAACGUUUUCCCCCACCAUCGGAUCCGCUACUGUUGUUAUCUCGGUACGUAGUCUUCAAGAAACUAGGGUGUUCUACACCAAUCGCAGCAGCAGAUCCAAGGGCAGGCGAGCAAGAGUAGUCGCAGUGAGAUGGGGAUUGCGAAGGCAAGAACGAGAUCUACAACCAACCAAAUUAAGGAGGAUGGAUCAAAAUCAAAAUGGGAAGGAUUUCAGGGAACAACAAGUAUGAAGGAGCAUGCUAUGUUGCAAUUGAUGGUAAGUCUAUGAACUAAUCUAUCGUAUCUUUAUAUUUGAUUGAAUUUAAUGAAAUGGAGAUGUAAUGAUACUCUUUUUCAUAUUGAGAAAUAAUAUGAACAGUUUUGUGUUUGUUGUUACUAGUCUGUAGAUGGCUAAAUAGAUAUUGAAAUUCAGUGAGUAAAUGUUGUUAGAGUAAAAGCGUUCUUAUAUUGACGAGCAUAAUUUCAUCAAGAGAUCUCUCAAAGUUAUCUAGUUUUGACGACCCAUUAGGAUGAUCUAUUCCCUUGUCGUUGUACGAAUUCGUCUUGCCUUCUAACUAAUGGUCAUUGUUCUAGUUGAUUAUCUUUUAAGGAUCUAACAAGCUAAGUGCUUGCUUACAGGACCGUUAGAGGGACUAUGUUAAUUGAACAUAAUGCCAAUUCGACGCAAGCAAGAGAAUAACAGGGAAGCAAGCCUAUCAAGUGUAAAGUGAAUGAAUUAUUAAAUAUUUU